ACGCGGGCGGGCGGCGCCUAGGAGGAGGCUCCCCGAGACAGAGCCAACCUGCCUUUAAGCCCCACGCCUUGGUUGAGGAAAUGACCAACCAGUACAGCAUUCUCUUCAAACAAGAACAAGCACAUGAGGAUGCUAUUUGGUCAGUGGCAUGGGGGGCGAACAAGAAAGAAUAUGCUGAUACGGUGGUCACAGGAUCUCUGGAUGACCUAGUGAAGGUCUGGAAAUGGCGUGAUGAAAGACUGGAACUGCAAUGGAGCCUGGAGGGACAUCAGCUGGGCGUGGUGUCUGUGGACAUCAGCCACACUCUGCCCAUCGCAGCAUCCAGCUCUCUGGAUGCCCAUAUUCGUCUAUGGGACUUGGAAAAUGGCAAACAAAUAAAGUCCAUAGAUGCAGGACCUGUGGAUGCCUGGACGUUGGCCUUUUCUCCUGAUUCGCAGUAUUUGGCCACAGGAACUCACAUAGGGAAAGUGAACAUUUUUGGUGUAGAAAGUGGGAAAAAGGAAUAUUCUUUGGACACGAGAGGAAAAUUCAUUCUGAGUAUCGCAUACAGUCCCGACGGGAAGUAUCUGGCCAGUGGAGCCAUAGACGGAAUCAUCAAUAUUUUUGACAUUGCAACUGGAAAACUUCUGCAUACGCUGGAAGGCCACGCCAUGCCCAUUCGCUCCUUGACUUUUUCCCCGGAUUCCCAGCUCCUUGUUACUGCUUCGGAUGACGGCUACAUCAAGAUCUAUGAUGUACAACACGCCAACCUGGCUGGCACGCUGAGUGGUCAUGCGUCCUGGGUGCUGAACGUGGCCUUCUGUCCUGACGACACACACUUUGUCUCCAGCUCUUCUGACAAAAGCGUCAAAGUGUGGGAUGUUGGAACGAGGACUUGUAUUCACACAUUCUUCGAUCACCAGGACCAGGUCUGGGGAGUAAAAUACAACGGAAAUGGCUCAAAAAUCGUUUCUGUCGGAGAUGACCAGGAAAUUCACAUCUACGAUUGUCCAAUUUAGAUGUCUUAAGUCUUCAAGCUCACACUGCAGAGAAAGUAAAUAGAUCGAUCUCGACAUUCCUUACCUUUCUAGAUUGACAGUUGAACGUCGGACAUAGCAAAGACUGAAUUUUUGGAGUUAAACAGCUUUUUAUGUGUUAUUGGAAAUACUGUUCACACUUGGACAUAAAAGUGUUCUUAAUGCAAA